ACAGUCGACCUUUGAGAAUACCGUAAGAAAGACGUUAUGGUAGAAGGAAGGAAAGAGUGUAUCUAUGAAUAAGUCAUUUAACAGGCCGCACUGUUCAUUAACAGGUGCAUACAUAUAUAUACUCGUCAGCGUGAUAAACUCGGUGAACAAGGAAAGGGGACGUAAUUAUGUUGUGAAAUAGUGUCGUAUUGUUACAAGGCUGUAUAUAUAUAUCGGAAUGUGAGAUUUCAACAUACAUGUAAUGCAGUAUACAUAUCACUGAAUUGAUAACUGUGUGUAUUGCGAAAUAUAAGGUGUAUAAUUAGCUGUAUAGGGCAGUUAGCAAACAGUUAGUGUUGUAUACUAGCAAAGACUGUUAUUUGAUCGAUCAACGUAAACAGUAUAAAACUACUAAACCUACCAACAUGGGAAAGUUAAAUAUAUUUGAAAUAACGUUCGCUAACCCCCAGGGGGUUUUCUAUGGGGGACAACUAAUACAAGGUCAUGUGACAGUGGAAUUAAAUGCUGAAAUUAAAAUGAGAGGAAUAAGACUGCAUUUUGAAGGUGGAGCACGAGUUCACUGGUCAGAACAACACAGUACAGGUAGCGGUAAAAAUAGAAGAACAGUCACCAGACAUUAUUCAUCCAGUGAAACAUAUUUUAAUCAUAUACUCGUUUUAUUUGGUAAAGGUCCAGGGCAGAGGGGAGACGACCCAGUUUUACAAGCAGGGAGAUAUGUGUAUCCAUUUAGUUUCCAGUUGCCCACAGGAAUACCAUCAUCUUAUGAAAGUUUUACUGGGCGGGUUCGAUAUUCAGUAGCCGGUGUCAUCGAUCGUCCCUGGAAGUUUGAUCAUACAACGAGACGAGCGUUUACAAUAGUCGAUCCUCUAGAUCUGAACCUUGAACCACAAGCCAUGCAAGGUGCCACAGGAAAUGGCCAGAAGACAUUAUGCUGUCUAUGCUGUGAGUCCGGACCAAUUAGUGCAGUGUUGCGGCUUGACAGAUUAGGUUAUGUACCUGGAGAGGCCAUCGCCAUUAGUGGUGAAAUAAAUAAUGGCAGUCGAAGAAAAAUGACCAGUUCGUUCGCUGACAUUAGAAUGACCAUUCAAUAUCACGCUACAACAAAGACUAAAACAGUUUGUAAUACUGUGUCUAAAAUCAGCCAUGGGCCCAUUCUACCCGGUGAUGGUGAUAUUUGGAACGGCGAUCAACUACAUAUACCCCCGUUACCGCCUUCUCGUUUACGUGGAUGUCGUAUUAUAGAUAUAACUUAUACAGUAACGUUAAACGUUGACCCGUCUGGAAUAGGAUUUGACUUGGUGGUACCAAUAAAUAUUUUAAUAGGCUCCAUACCUCUCCAGUCAGUAGCAAGACAGUAUGGUCCACCACCACCUCUCCCUCUGCCUCCGACAGAUUAUACUAACACGGGACCUAAUGAUAUUCAACUUCAACCUACCAUGCCAUCAGCGCCUUCCAAUAUGGAUAUGCCUCCACCAUCCUAUGCUGAAUGUGUUUUUGGUAAAGUUAAUAUACGUGAAGAGAAUGAUAAUGAACACAUACGAGGCAAUAUGGAUUAUGCCCCUGUUUAUACCUAUUAUAACUGGAAUCAACAUAACGCUAAUACAUUUGUGCCUGUAGCUGAACAACAAUAAAACAGACUAUAAUAUCUUCGUGUCUGUAUACGAACGGAAAAAUACCCCUACAACAUUCCAUCUAAAUCCGUAUACUAUACAGGAUUAAUGCAACACAUUUAAAGACAACCCUGCCUUAGCUGAACGAAUAUCAAUAUUGUUAUUUGGACCUAAAAUUUAAAAACUUGUUAUUGGUGUGAUAGUUUGUUUAAAGUCCAUAUUGUACAUUGAAAUUUUUCAAGAAGUAAAACCUUCUCUACUCUAGCCUAGAGUCCGGAAAUCAACAUCGUACACAGUAUAGACUUUUGGCAAGCGUAAAUUCCUGGUCCGCAUUGUGUAUCCGUAUUUAUUUUGCGUGUGACGUCAUCAAUGUGUGUGUGUAUUGUUCACACGUGAUACGGCACACGGCAUACGGUAUCAUGUAUCGAACAGCUUUCAUACGGAAACGAUCCAUAUACCUUUGUCGUCUUUUACAAUUUUUUUUUGCUCCGUUUAGACGCUGAAAUAUUGCAUCAUGGCGUUUUUAUGAAUCUAAGUGUAUCCUAGAACACGAUGAUGUAUAUUUGAUGCGAUUUUAACCAUGAUAAAGACUAGAAUUUAAUCAUUAUUUUUGAUGGGUUUUUCUCGGAAUUUUCAUACUUUUCCAGUCUGUCUGUGUGCAUGCUGGUUGAUCUACGUGCUAAAUUUAUUGAGGUGAGGCCUUGCAAAUCUGUAAAUGAUUUUAGUUUAUGAUAAAGGGGUAUGAACUUUCUGAAAUAAUACAUUAGUGAAUCCAUUAAUUGCUGUCGAGUCAAGUCGAAGAUUUUUUGAUAAGAUUGGACAUUAUUUUUAAUAGCCCAGCCACUGUCGAGCGACCUCAACCCCUCCGGGAAAUUGUAGACUAGGAAUUUGACGAGUACUGACGGUGAACUUGGUAGAUAUCUGCCAUCAUGCUGUAAUAGAACAAAGCUCAGCUCAAUGAUGCAUACGUACGCGACACGAAAAUCAGUCAAAACUCAAACACUUCAUUGACGCAAAGUAUCACAUAUACGAUACGGAUACGUGAUACGGAUGGGGAAAAUUCCAUUUGCCAAAAAUCUCUAGCCUGUCUUAAAAUAUACGGCUUAUAUGAACGGCGUAUUCCCCGGGUGGUCAGAGUAUUUGGUCCGUUGAUAAAAGCCUUCUUGUCCGAAAUUCAACAACCCAUACAGUCUGUCUUGGUGCUCAUACUUAGAGAUUUGAGAUACGAGCUCAUACACAAAUUCAUUUAUGGUGUUGCAUCAUUACAAAAAAUGUAUUUUCUUCAUUGGUUAGAAUGUAAGAAAACAUGGUCUAUACCUGACCUUUCUGUGUGAAAUAUUUUAUAACAUCUCAUUUUGAUGUAUAUAUAACAUAGUACAUUUUACAACAAAGAGCAGUUCGUUCAUAAGAUCAAGUCUAAAAUGGAUAUGGUAUUAUGUUGUUGUUAUUGUUAUUUAUGAUGAUAUUUGAUUAACCAGUCCAUUAUGUCAUUUAUGUAUUUAGUAUAUAUGGCUAUCAUUCCUUCACUGAUCUGCCUAUAAAACUAUGAUGAUUUUUGAUUAACCAGUCUAUUAUGUCAUUUAUGUAUUUAGUAUAUAUGGCUACCACGCCUUCACUGAUCUGCCUUAAAAACUAUUUUUGGAAAAUAGCCAAAUAUAAAUAUUCACUUUCACUUAUAGUUUUAGUGUCAAUUAUUUUCGUAUAAUUGAUAUUAGAUAUUUAUCCAGCCAUCCUGAAGUGCCUGUACAAAUAACGAUAAUACUAUAUUAGUUUAUUUAUACUGUUUUUUAAAAGAAUGUAUUGGCAUAACAUGAUGUUAUUAUUUGUUAUAUUUGUAUUAAUUUGUUUUGCAAUGAAUUAUAUAUUAUUACAGAA